UUUGGAUAUAACAGUGUGAAGUGUCACCAAAGUAAAGUUUUAGAAGAGGCAAUUAGAGGGAACGAUGUUAUUUUAUGUUCUCCGACUGGAAGUGGUAAAUCGUUAUGCUACACAGCUUUCCCGUUUGUAUUGCAACAUCUAUCAUCUGGAAAAAUCUCACCAUCAUCAAAUAUUGUGCUUGUAAUUACGCCGUUGUUAUCGCUCAUGCAAGAACAGACAACAUAUUUAAACAAGAAGCACCUGAAGGCAACAUAUAUUGGUAAAAUUAAUAAUGAAUAUGAUUUGAAAAGAGGAAACUUCAACAUAGUAUUUUCAAGUCCUGAGGCUCUUUUGACAACUCAUAGAGAGCUAUGGUUAUCUGAACCAUACCAACAGGGUGUAAAAGCUGUGUUUGUUGAUGAGAGUCACUGUGUUGAAAAAUGGGGUCAUGCUGUUGGAGGAAAGAGUCAGCCAUUUCGAGAGCUUUAUUCUAGAAUUGGAGAAAUCAGGUCCUUAUUGCAGACAUCUGUACCCAUGAUCGCUCUUACAGCGACAGCAAACAAAGAUACAAGAGAAACUAUCAUUCGUGACCUGCAAAUGACAUCCCCUGUAAUUGUGGAUCUGGGGGUCAACAGGCCAAAUGUUCGGUAUUCAGUUGUUGCUACCAAACAAGGCUUCCGUAACAGUGAUGCUUUGCUGAAAAUAUUUUCUCCCAUUAUUGAAGAAGUGAGACUGAAAAAAAAAUAUGCUGUUCGAACUAUUAUAUUUUGCAAAAGAAAGAGACAUUGUAGAGAACUUUAUGAAACUUUCAUAACUGCUUUAGGCGAUGAUGCAUAUGACUUCACAGUUGAAACAAAAGAUGAUAGAAGCCGAUUUGUGGCUAUGUUUCAACAAGGAACAGAUUCACAGGUAAAGGAGACAAUAAUAUCAUCAUUUGCUGAUCACGAUGGAACGAUACGCGUGUUGUUCGCCACCAUUGCAUUUGGGAUGGGUAUGGACGUAAAAGGACUUGAAAACAUUAUUCAUCUUGGGCCACCAAAUGAUCUGGACGAUUAUUUACAGGAAACUGGCCGUGCAGGCCGAGAUACAUCUGUACAAAGCUAUGCUAUAUUAGUUAAGUACAGCCAAAGUGUUACUAGAGUUUCCAAAGCUAUGAAUGAGUAUGUAAAUGGAAAUGAAUGUAGGAGAAAAAAAUUAAUGAGUUAUUUUGACUGUAAACCAUCUGAUAUGGUGAAACACUUGUGUUGCGACAUUUGUUCUGCCAAAUGCACAUGUGAAUGUAAUUGUGAUGGUGCAUGUUCCUGU